AUGUCCGGCCCUUCUGAGGCUCACCCCGGAGGUGGAAAUAUGGUGCCUCCAUGCCAGUGUGGCAAUCAACGGACCGUAACCACAGCGAUGUUAUCUAUCGUUGUGCUGGAAGAGGACCACAAUGUAAUGGGGUUUCGGUUUCCUCAUUUUGGGCCAGAUGUUUUCGCCAAGAUGGACGAGGAAGAUCUUUUGGGUUUGCUUGGACGGAGCAUUCAGCAGGCAUGCCGUGAUCGAGUAGCGCUGUCAGAAAUUCGUAAUGCUGUUGCAUCAUCCGCCAACGCCCAAGGCUCUGGACAACCUGGAUUUCUACCUCAACAUUCCCCGAUCUUCCCGUUCAAUUAG